AUGGCUCUCAACGGGCGACCAAAGGUGGCGUGGACGGAAGCAACACCGUACCUCAUCUUCUGUACAGUGGCAUUUGCGUUUGGCGACCUUCUCUUCGGCAUCGACACAGGAUCGUUCGGUUCCAUCCAAGCUCUCCCUGCGUUCCUCUCGGAAUUCGCACCGGAAGUGAAAGGCGACCAUGCGUUCACCACCGUGCAAAAGUCGACCAUGAACUCGGUGGUUUGGCCUGGAAAGAUAUUUGGUACCUUUAUGUUUGCGCCUCUUGCAGAACGCCUGGGUUACAAGAAGACAAUGUACAUUGUCGCUGUGGUCCAGUGCCUCGGCCUCAUUGUCCAGAUGACGGCCAAGGACUGGCAGGUGUUCACGGGCGGCCGCGUCAUUGCCUAUGCUGCCGUCGGCUUGGCUGAAAACGCCGCACCUGCAUACAUUGCAGAGAUCAGCCCAGCGGGUAUGCGCGGCUUCUUUGGCGGCGCCAUUGUCGUCAUCGUCUCCGUCGGUAACCUCUGGGGUGCCCUCAUGGGUCGGGCAUAUGCCACAGAGACUAGGAAACUCGGAUGGCUCAUUCCUGUCGGGGUCCAGUUCAUCCCAGCCGUCUUGAUUCUCGUCCUUGUGCCAUUCUGUAUUGAAUCGCCGCGUUGGCUCGUCGCAAAGGACCGCAGCGAGGAGGCCACUCGUGCGCUGGACAAGAUUCGUCCUCGUGGAGACGUGCUCAGCGGCCGUACCCUCGCCGAGACCGAAGCGCUGGACGAGGCAAUCAAGCAGGAACUUUCGAUGGACAAGGGGAGGUGGGCCGACCUGUUCCGCAUCAAAGGGGGCGGCUUAAGGCGAACAAUGGUGGCAUGUUGGAUAUUCUUCUUUCAGCAGUCUGGCGGAACUCAGCUCAUCAAUCUCUAUGGACCCACAUUCUUCAAGCUCUAUGGCCUUGGGGCAAUGUCGUUCACGUACACCACAAUGCUCACGGCUCUGGGCAUCGUCGGUGCCAUGAUCGGCGUCCUCUUGUGCGAUGUGGUCGGACGUCGUCCUCUGCUCAUUGUGGGGUUGGCUCUUGCAGCCAUCUUCAACGGCGUUGUUGGGGGCCUCGGCACCAAGGGAAGCCUAAACUCGAGCCAGAUCCACACCAUGGUCGCGAGCUUUGUGUUUGUCAUUGUCGGAAACAAGAUGGGCGUCAAUGUCCUGUGCUACCUGAUCGCGUCCGAACUGGGAGGCCACCUGCGAAAGAAGACCAUGGCCCUGGCCACCAGCUUCGAUGUCCUCUCCGCGUUUGUCGUGUCCUUUACUGUCCCGUACCUCAUUGGCAAGCCGGGUGCCAACUUGGCCGCCAAAGUCGGUUUCAUCUUCAUGGGAAUCUGUAUCGCGGGAUUCUUGUUCAGUCUCGCUUUUGUUCCAGAGCUCGCAGGACGCAGUCUGGAAGAAGUCGACGAGCUAUUCGGACAAAACUUGUGGGCAUGGCAGUUUAAGAAUGCCAAAACCACUGGCGUUGGUGCUCGUAUCGCACAGCUUGAAAGCGGCGCCCCAGUGGGUGACCGCAAGAUCGGGGACGAGGACGAGGAGGCGGCCACGACCGUUUAG